ACCGGAAACCUGCUCGCGGUGCAUCACGGGAAAGGAUCUUCUCCGACUCUCCAUGUGGGCUCGUGCGUGCGUGAGCUUGUGGUGAUCAGUUCCCGGUGUGUGUCUGUGAGGAAAAACAUCUUCUAGACUUUAUUACUGAUUAAACAUGAGACCAGGUUUUAGUCCUCGCGGUGGUGGAGGUCGGGGUGGUUUUGGAGGACGUGGUGGUUUUGGAGGACGUGGUGGUGGAGACCGAGGAGGACGUGGUGGAUUUAGAGGAGGACGAGGUGGUGGAGGUGGAGGUUUCAGGUCUCCGAGUGGUGAAGGAGGAUUCCGGGGCCGUGGAGGAGGCAGAGGAGCGCCGUGGGGCCGCGGGGGCAGAGGAGGAGGUGGAGCUGGAGGGCGAGGAGGGUUUAGAGGAGGAAAGAAAGUGACAGUGGAGCCACACAGACAUGAAGGUGUGUUCAUCUGCCGUGGGAAGGAAGACGCCCUGGUGACGAGGAACAUGGUGGUGGGAGAGUCCGUGUACGGGGAGAAGAGGAUCAGCGUUGAGGACGGAGAGACGAAGAUUGAGUACAGGGCGUGGAACCCGUUCCGCUCCAAGCUGGCAGCAGCGAUUCUGGGAGGAAUCGAUCAGAUCCACAUCAAACCCGGCACCAAAGUCAUGUACCUGGGAGCGGCGUCUGGAACCACAGUGUCUCACGUCUCAGACAUCGUCGGCCCCGAGGGUUUGGUGUAUGCAGUGGAGUUUUCUCAUCGCUCAGGACGAGAUUUACUGAACGUAGCUAAGAAGAGAACCAACAUUAUUCCUAUUAUUGAAGACGCCAGACAUCCGCACAAAUACCGCAUGCUGGUUGGGAUGGUGGACGUGAUUUUCGCAGACGUCGCUCAGCCUGAUCAGACGCGUAUCGUCGCUCUCAACGCUCACAACUUCCUCAAGAACGGCGGCCAUUUUGUCAUUUCCAUCAAGGCGAACUGCAUCGACUCCACGGCGUCUCCCGAGGCCGUGUUCGCCUCUGAGGUGAAGAAGAUGGGCUCGGAGAACAUGAAACCUCAGGAGCAGCUCACGCUGGAGCCGUACGAGAGAGACCACGCCGUCAUCGUAGGGAUGUACAGGCCGCCUCCUAAACAGAAGAAAUAGACGCAGCUGUGUAAAUUUGCGUUUGGACGUCUUUCUGUUCCCUUUAAUCCUCCAGAGUGACCCGAACACACCGGCUUUAAUCCUCAUCUGCUUUCUCCACUCACACGUGCGCACGUGUGUGUGUGUGUCAGUGUCAUGGCUGGUGGUGAAGAACUUCCACAGUACACCAGUUUUGAUAUCCAGUGCUGUUUCAGUAACACAGAAGUUCUUAUGUAUUAUAGUAUAUUAGACCAGGAACCUUUUCUUUAUUCUUUUGCUUUUCAGAACCUUUUUUUUUUUUUAGAUCAGAAAUAAUGUUUUGGGGUGAAACGAAAAACAAAAAAGCGAAAAUGUAGAUUUCUGUUGGUCAUGUGACUGUACAGACUAAUGUUUUUUGUUUUUGUUUAUUUUUUAAUUAAAUAAUCUCAAAUCUUCA